AUGCAGCGUCCACCGUGCACCACAACCACCUCUAUCCAUAUCCGGCCUUCGAAGCGGCCGGCCAUGCCGCUCUCCUCAUCGCCUAGUUUAGCUCUGGCCCUGCUAGCCCUAGUCACUUUGACGGGCGUGCUUCCGCUGGCUUCGUCUUCACGUGGCCAUGGCGUCGCGGCGACCACCAAUGGAGUGCCGCCGCUGGAGAAGCACGAGCUGCUGAUGCUGGAGAGGUUCCAUGGGUGGAUGGCGGAGCACGGCCGGUCGUAUGCGACCGCCGAGGAGAAGCUGCGGCGGUUCGAGAUAUACAGGCGGAACGUGGAGUUCAUCGAGGCCGCGAACCGGGACGGCCGGCUCACCUACACGCUUGGGGAGAACGCGUUCACCGACCUCACCCACGAGGAGUUCCUGGCCACGCACACCAACCGUGCGCCGCGGCCGGAGGAGGAGGACGAGGAGCCGGAGGAGGAGACGGUGAUCACAACUCGCGCUGGGCAUGUGAGCGAGGGCCCUUACCUGCCGGCUGUUGACAAAGUGCCGGAUCGCGUCAACUGGACAGCGGAAGGCAAGGUCACAGAGGUCAAGAAUCAACGACACUGCGGGUCUUGCUGGGCUUUCGCUGCUGUGGCAGUGAUCGAGAGCGCAUACGCGAUAGCGAAGAGAGUGCAGCCGCCGGUGUUGUCCGAGCAGGAGCUCAUCGACUGCGACAGCUACGACUCCGGCUGCAGCAGCGGCUUGUCGUGGAGCGCCAUGAAAUGGGUCAAAAAGCACGGGGGGAUCGCCUUGGAUUCACAGUACCCUUACAAGCAGAGGAAGGACGCUUGCCAAGAGAAGAAGCGCCUGCCACAUGCUGUCAGCGUCAGGGACUUUGAGUUCGUCAAGAAGAAGAGCGAGGAGGAGCUCAUGAAGGCCGUGGCCAGGCGGCCAGUCGCCGUGGGAUUCGACUCCAACGACAACUGCUUCCGACACUACACACACGGCGUGUACAACAGCAUGUGCAUCAAGAAUGGGGAGCUCGUCGGCCCGGCGUGCUCCGGCAACAACCUCACCCACGACAUGGCCAUCGUCGGGUACGUCGGCAAGGGGAAUGACAAAGGCAAGUACUGGAUCGCCAAGAACUCCUGGGGCAAGGGUUGGGGACAGAAAGGCUACGUCUGGCUCAAGAAGGAUGUGGCUGACCCCGAAGGCUUAUGCGGCAUUGUUGCGACUCGUCCAAGUUACCCGAUCGUGUGAUGACAAUUAUCCAAAGCCCCUCCACCUACUUAAGUUAGCAGCGUCUAUACUUAUUGAGACAUAUUUGAGAUAAUCAACGCCUUGUAUUCAUCUGCAACAUACCCACCUGUAUUAUUCUGCCAAUAAAAUAUCCUUUUAUUGAGACAUGCUUCUUUCUUUUAA